CUUUAUGAGCCUUCUCUCUCUUUUUUUUUUGGUAGGAAGAGCCUUCUCUCUCUGUCUUUGCUCUUCUGCGCUCUGACUUAGCCAGGCGACCGUUCCAUUCCCAACUGCUCUCUUCUCCUUCUUCCCCCAUUUUCUUCCUUUCUCCGCCAACAACUCUAGAUUGAUAGCAAUCCCUUCUCCCAGCUGACUUGCCUUUUUCUGCAUUCCCCUUUGUCACCACGAAAUUCUCCAACUUCCGCUUCGAUUCCGAUUGUGGAAUGGCGAGGAGCUUCAACUAAUGGGUUCUCCUCGAAUUCCCAUUUGAAACUCUGCAAAUUCUCUCUUUCUUCCUCUUGUUCUUGUGCCACUUCUUGUUUGAACAGUGGGGGGAAGAAGGGAGAGAAACGAUGUCCGUCGCUGAACUGAAGGAGCGUCAUGUGGCGGCUUCUGAGACGGUCAAUACUCUCAGGGAGCGAUUGAAGCAGAAACGCCUCCAAUUGCUCGAUACGGAUGUUGCUGGGUACGCCAGAGCUCAGGGGAAAAUUCCGGUCACCUUCGGCCCAACCGAUCUUGUCUGCUGCCGGACACUUCAGGGACAUACUGGCAAGGUUUAUGCAUUGGAUUGGACUACCGAAAAGAACAGGAUAGUGAGUGCUUCACAAGAUGGGAGGUUAAUAGUAUGGAAUGCUCUAACGAGUCAAAAAACUCAUGCAAUCAAACUGCCUUGUGCAUGGGUCAUGACCUGCGCCUUCUCUCCAUCCGGACAAUCAGUUGCUUGUGGUGGUCUUGAUAGUGUCUGCUCAAUUUUCAACCUCAAUUCCCCGCCUGACAAAGAUGGCAACUUAACUGUGUCCAAGAUGCUUAGUGGGCACAAGGGUUAUGUAUCAUGCUGUCAGUAUGUGCCAGAUGAAGAUGCCCACCUAAUAACUAGCUCGGGUGAUCAGACAUGUGUAUUAUGGGACACCACUACUGGUCUCAGGACUUCCGUAUUUGGAGGCGAGUUUCAGUCAGGUCACACUGCUGAUGUAUUAAGUGUCUCAAUUAAUGGUACCAGCUCGAGGAUGUUUGUAUCUGGUUCUUGUGAUGGAACUGCUCGGCUAUGGGACACUCGUGUUGCAAGUCGAGCUGUGCGUACAUUCUAUGGGCAUAAUGGAGACGUUAAUGCAGUCAAGUUCUUUCCAGAUGGGAAUAGGUUCGGAACUGGUUCGGAUGAUGGAACAUGUAGGCUAUUCGACAUCAGGACUGGACAUCAACUGCAAGUGUACGAACAACAGCAGAAUGGCGAGAAUGAAAACCCGCAUGUGACCUCCAUUGCAUUCUCUAUAUCAGGAAGGCUUCUCUUUGCUGGCUAUUCGAACGGUGCCUGUUAUGUAUGGGAUACUCUUCUGGCAGAGGUUGUCUUGAACUUGGGAGCUCUGCAAACCUCACACGAAAGCCGUAUCAGUUGUUUGGGUAUGUCAGGUGAUGGAAGUGCCCUAUGCACUGGAAGUUGGGAUUCAAACCUAAAGAUUUGGGCCUUCGGUGGGCACCGGAAGGUUGUCUGAGUCCCGAGGAAAUAGGUAUUCAAACACAUUCUUCUUCUCUGGCCAAUUCUCUCUGCUCUCGUCAGCACUUGGAACUUGUUAUCUCUUUCUGGUUGAUGCUUGAUUGCUUUGCACAAAAAGUGGACGAAGAGAAAAGAACCGCCUUGGCCUGGGGAGUCUGCACAAGGGCAGUAGCGAAGCAGUAGUGAUUAGCCGUUUAUAUGUGUUCCUGUGCCAACAAUUCCCACCAUCUUCCUGUAGCAUAGUGUAUUUAGCUCCUGAGUUUUACGCUUGCUUUGUUUGGAGUCAUGAAUAUGGAAAUAGAAGAAUGUUGGGGGUUGAUGUUGUUGUUGGAGGAAUGCAAAUGCAAGUUUGUAUCUGCAAGGAGUAGGAACCAAAACUUGUGUACAACGUAGUCAAAUCUCUGUUAUUUUGCGUUGCCAAUUAUGGAUUUCGGUCUUCACUCACCCUGUUACACGAAGAUAACAUAUGAUUCAUUGUUGAGUGUAUUAUCUCUGGUUGAAUGUGCGCCUAUGCAAUCAAAACAU